AAAAAGAAAUUAGGAGUGUAUAUGUAUUUUGAAACAAAGGAGAGAGCAUACCAGUUCGUUACAGUCCUACAAGUUGCUUUUAGUUGCAUGUCGCUUAUUAUUUUAACAGUAUGCCUACCAAUAAUGUAUAAUAAUAUACAAACAACAAUUGACUACGCAGAACGAGAAAUGAAAUUCUGUGAGAGAUCAACAAAAAAAGCGUUAACAGAAAUAGAAUUUGGCAAGACCUUAAUGAAGCUGAACAACACCGAAAGACGGGCCUUUUUGAAAAACUCAAAACCCUUCGAUGAAGAGGUUAUUGGCAUUCCAAUCGAAAGUGAGUGCCCUGGUUGCUGUAUUCCUGGACCGCCAGGUCCACGCGGUACAGCUGGAAAACCAGGGAAGCCUGGCAUUCCAGGCUCUGCUGGCAAACCAGGUUUACCAGGCACCACUCCAAACCAGACUUGCCCGUCGCAAUUCAAUAAACCGCCACCUCCGUGUCGUCCAUGCCCCAAAGGCCCACCAGGAAUUAAAGGUUGGCCUGGUUUCCCCGGAGAUCCAGGACCGAUCGGUCAACACGGCGAGAAAGGAGAAGAUGGAGAAGACGGAGCACCAGGCGAACCUGGUCCCAUCGGACCCCAAGGAUUUAAGGGUAGUCCAGGACCACAAGGUGAAAAAGGACCAACUCCUGACGGCCAGCUUCGUGAAGGUCCUCCUGGUGACCCAGGGCCAAUUGGACCUGUAGGUGCACCAGGCUUACCUGGUUUGCCGGGAAGAAAUGGUUUAAUCGGUCCUCAAGGUGAGCCAGGAUGGCCAGGACCACCAGGAGAAACUGGCGAACCGGGAUAUCCUGGACAAGAAGGAGUUGCGGGUGGACAAGGACCCCCAGGAGAGCCAGGAAUAUGCGUUUGUCAGAACGUUGAUUCAAUCCUUCUUGUAAGUCCAUCAGCUGCCCAACCAAGGCUUUCAGAAGAGGUAGUCGAAAACGCUCCGGGAGAGCUCGGAGGGCCUUUGAUAAACUCGAUUCGUAACCGCCAGCCAUCUAAAAUCCCGUACAGGAAGAGAAGACUUCAUUAA